UGCCCAGUGGGCAUUUUGGGCCAACUUUGUUUCUUAAAGAGUUAAUGCUGGUGAAGCACGCUCAGGUGUUACCCAGGAGGUCUCGUCCUCCUUCCCAGCCCGUUUGAUAAACCCAUCUACACAGCUGUGUCUUUUUCUUCCGCACAAAACUUUGUCUGCUUUGGACAAAUCAAUGUUGCUUCCCGUGUGGUUUUAUCCUGUGGUGCAGUCGGGAUUGUACUUGAUAAUGUCUCUUAAAGUUACCACAUAUAUAGGCUUUCUCAAAAUCCUGUUUCAGCUGUCAAUCCUUGUGCAACCGUACCAUGUAAUGGUAUAUGUCAUCUAAAUUGACAUCUUUUGGAAGGGUUUUGCUGCAGGUGAAAAUCUGAUUGUCAUACCUUCAAAUAUUUUCCUUUGAUUUGCUGUUCCGGAGCCAAAGUGAGAGAUGGCUACAGAAGCCAAGUACAGCAUUGUUCGAGAAGUGGGCCGAGGGAGCUACGGGGUGGUUUAUGAGGCAGUUGUUAAUCAAACUAGAAAGAAAGUGGCAGUAAAAAGGAUGCACUGCAACGUGCCUGAAAACGUAGAGUUGGCUUUGCAAGAGUUCUGGGCCCUGCAAAGCAUCCAGAGGCAACACGAAAACGUGAUCCAGUUGGAGGAGUGUAUUCUGCAGAACGGCCAAGUCUUUCAGCCAAUUAGUCAUCGUUACAGGAAAUCAGACAGUCAUUUGCUGCUGAUUGAGACCUGUCUGAAAGGGCGGAGGUGCAUGGAUCCAAAAUCCGCCUGCUUUCUGUGGUUCGUGAUGGAGUUUUGUGACGGUGGAAACAUGAACGAAUACCUGCUGUCUCGCAGCCCAGAUGCCCAGCUGAACAACAGCUUCAUGCGGCAGCUGAGCAGUGCUGUGGCUUUCCUGCACAGAAACCAGAUUGUGCACAGAGACCUGAAGUCAGACAAUAUUUUGGUCUCUCACAGCUGUGGAAGUCCCGUAGUAAAGGUAGCAGAUUUUGGCCUCAGCAAGGUGUGUCAGGGGAAAGGGAAUGUGAACCAGCAUCGCUUCUCCUCUGCCUGCGGGUCAAACUUCUACAUGGCCCCAGAAGUGUGGGAAGGUCACUAUACUGCUAAGGCUGAUAUAUUUGCCCUUGGGAUCAUUUUCUGGGCUAUGGUGGAAAGGAUCACCUUCCGAGACGGGGAUACUGAGAAGGAAUUGCUCGGAACUUAUAUCUGCCAAGGCAAGGAGCUUAUUCCUCUUGGAGAAGCGUUGCUGGAGAAUCCAAACAUGAAAUUACAAAUUCCUCUGAAGAACAAGAAGUCCAUGCCGGAUGAUCUCUGCAAACUCCUGCGUGAUAUGCUAGCUUUUAACCCAAAGGAAAGGUUGGAUGCCUUCCAGCUAGAAGUCCGAAUCAGGCAAAUCUCCUAUGGCAAAAAGCGUCAACGCUCUGUCUCGUAGAAACAAAGGACAUUCAGGUAUUGUGUUCAGCUGUGGUCUGGCUACCUUGGAGAUGGCGCACAACUGUGAAUUCCCGAAGGAACGAGUGGAUUGAUCAGAAGAGACUGACUUGGUCUUGCCUGCUUCCAGUUUUCCCGAACGGUUGUAUUUAAAUGGACACUAACUUAUUUAUUUGUACAGUAAUUUUAAGAAGAGAACUACAAAAAUUUUAUUUUUAUGCAAAACGUCCAUGUUUUAAUAUUUGCGUUGUUUUAUGCGGUGAGUAGCAUAGGUGAAAAACGUGGCUAAAGUGACCUUGACUGUCGGGCCAUACUUGGCACAGUCAUAGAGGAAUUUCUAAACUUGUUUUCUUUUAAGUAACCCUUAUGCAUCCUUUUCCUGACACUUUGACUGCCCUUUUGGAGGACUGCAAAGAAAUAUGCUGAAACUAUCUGGGGACUGGCUUCUCUGACCUACUGGGUGUUGGCUAAGCUUUUCGGUCUUGGCCUUCCACUGAUAAUGCCAUGUUGCUUGUCCUUGGCACAGAAGAUAGAAGUUGUCUUUACAAGAUUUUAAUUAGAGCUUUUUUUGUAUAAUUCUUCACUCUGUGGUGCUUGGCCACGUAACUAAGUGAUGUCUGCUGAAUGAGCUGGCAAAGCGUUCGGUAUCUAUUCUGAAAAGUUUUAGCAGAAACAAAAAUGUAUUUUCUUCACAGUAGCUUUUGAAUAUUCUUGCUUAGAUUAACUAAAAUGCUUUCUUAAAAUAAAUACAAAGAAUGUUAAAGAUGCCAACUCUUGAUUAGAACGUAUGCGUCACUAACACUUAAAGUAGUUUAAGGAAUCAUGCUUCCUGCUGUGUUAGCUGCUUGUGCCAGCUGUUCUUGUAAGGGAAACGCCGAGGACUG